AUGCUGACCCGGCUGCUCUUCUUGGUUCUGGCCCUGUGCAGCUUCCUGCAGCUGACUUUUACCCUAGCUCGGGUUACUGCGGAGUUGGAGACGAAUUUUGCGGUGCCGACUGUGUGGCUAGCUGUGACUUCCAGGCGGAAUGCGAUGCUAACCGGCCUUGCGCGAAUGACGCCUGCUGUUCUUCUUCCGGAUUCUGUGGCCUCGGGCCAGACUGAAAACUGUGUUGCUGGCUGCGAUAAUAAAGCCUAUUGUGACCCUGGUGGCUAUGGCGAAUUUGCAGAACACGCCAAAUGUCCCCUCAAUGUCUGCUGCAGCAAGUGGGGAUACUGUGGCAUGACUUCUGAGUUCUGCGGCGACAAAAAAGUCAAGCGUCCUUCAGCUAGCUACAGUCCGAGCACGCCUCUGUAUACCAUCGUCGGCUACUACGAGGGUUGGUCACAUGAGAGACCAUGCCAUAGCUUCUUCCCGGAACAGAUUCCAUUGGGAAUAUAUACAGUUGAGCGACCCCUUCACCUCAACUAUGCUUUUGGCGCCAUUGACCCGGACACAUUCGAAGUUAAGCUGGCCUCAACAGAGGAAGAGGACCUGAUCAAGCGGCUUGCUCGACUCAAGACCCAGGACCCCGACCUCAAAGUCUUUAUUGCGCUAGGUGGUUGGUCGUAUAACGACCCUGGCCCGACCCGAUCCACGUUCAGCAAUCUAGCUACAUCCAAAGAUGCGCAAAAGAAGUUCUUCAAGUCUCUCAUCUCGUUUCUCUCCACAUAUAAUCUCGACGGUGUUGAUCUUGACUGGGAGUAUCCCGGUCCAGAUGACAUUGUAGAGCGCGGUGGCCGUGAAGAGGACUUUGCCAACUUCCCUACCUUCUUGCGUGCACUGAAAGAGGCUCUCAAGAGCGCCGGGGGACGUGAUGGACUGACCGUCACGCUUCCAGCCUCGUACUGGUUCCUACAGCACUUUGAUAUUGUUGAGAUGGAGAAGCAUGUUGACUUCUUUAACAUCAUGACUUACGACUUGCACGGUGCCUGGGACCGGGGCAACAAGUGGCUGGGGCCAUAUUUGCUUGCGCACACGAACCUGACGGAGAUCCAGGAUGCCAUGGAUCUGCUUUGGCGCAAUGAGAUCCCAAGCAAGAAGGUAGUCAUGGGCACGGCUUUCUACGGCCGGGCCUUCACGGCCACAUCAACGUCGUGCAUGGAGCCCGGCUGUACAUUUGAGUCAGCGGGCAACAAGGGACCGUGCAGCCGUGAAAAUGGCAUUCUUCUCAAUAGCGAGAUCAUGGACAUCAUUGACGAUAGGGGCCUGACGCCGACACUGUACAAGGAGGCUGGAGUCAAAGUGGCCCACUGGGACGACCAGUGGGUGGCCUACGACGACGAGGAGACACUGCAACUCAAAGUCGACUAUGCGCUGGGACUGAACUUGGGCGGCGUCAUGGUAUGGGCUGUGAGCCAUGAUACCCCGACUCGCCAGUUCUCCAAUGCGUUCUACGCCCGGGCAGCUAACCGGCACGGCAUGAUCCUCAAGGAGAUCGACGACAACCACCACGACCAGGUGCAAAUCAAGAAGACGAUCGACCAGUGCAAAUGGACCAACUGUGGUGACGGCUGUCCCAAUGGCUACCAGCCAGCUACGCGCAUCGACGGCAACAAGCACAAUGUGGGCGAGCUCAUGAUGGACAGCACUGCCUGUGAGAACGAACUCCACAUCCUGUGCUGCCCUGAGACGUCAAUGCCGACGUGUGGCUGGUACAAGCACUCCAACAGCUUCUGCGACUAUACCUGCCCAGACGGCACCGUCGAGGUGGGCAGCACCAAUGGCGGCUGUCACAGCGGCUACCAGGCUGCCUGUUGCAGCGUGGGCACCAGUGAUAAAAAGAUGCCCAGCAUGGACGUGUACGACAGCUGUGUAUGGGCCGGUGAAGCCAGCGACUGCAACGCCGACUGUCCCAUCCUGAAAAAAUAUGAGCAGCUGUCGUCUGCCGAGGGCAGCGGUGCGGUCAAGUGCAAGCCCGACCAGGAACGCAAGUACUGCUGCUAUGAUGAUGACGACAACAAGUGGACCGGCGGAGAUUGGUACAAGUUUGAGAACAUGUUCGUGCAGUUCGUUGACGAUCCACUGAGAUGCUCGUCCGACUGCCCAGGCAACAUGUAUCGCCUCGCCAUGGAGCGAACGGGCGUGUGCAAGAACAAGCCCGGCGCAAUGUCGUACUGCGCACUCAACAGUCGCUACGACACCGAGUGGAAGGAACAACAGAACGUCACCGACCUCAAGGACGCCCUGGGUCACUUUUUCCAGAGCCCUACGUGCCCUAAUCAGGACUCUGGAGGCCUCUCUACCCGCGACGUCAGCGAUUCCCAGGCGCGGACCCAGGCUCGAACUGUGCUGAUUUCCAUCCUGAGCGCAGCAUACUAUAACAGUGACCUGAUCGCCGACUAUAUCUCGUACUGGAACCUGAAGAUCCAGGAUUAUUACUCCAAUCUGCAGUUCCCGGGCUUUAGAGAUGAUCUUAACGACUGGUCCGGCAACAUUUACAGUCUGGACAUCGAGAACCUGGCCGACGACAUCCUGUGCAAUCUUGAGGCAUACGACGAUCUAGCCAGCUCCAGCCCGGUGCUAAGCUGUUCGGCGACAAAUGAGUGCGCCGACGCAGAUAGCGACUGCGCCAACGCCGAGUGGGACGAGACGUGCAGCGAUUUUUCGACGAUAGAAAAGCGCGUUGGAGCUAGCCGGUUGUACUGCUUUGUAUAUGACGACCAGACUGGAGGCGAGGGGGAUACUGCGAUGCAUUCUUCCCAGUACCAGACAGUCAGUGAGCCUUCGCGUAACAGUGAUGUCCGGCUGCGCGUAAUUAUAUAUCGCGACCUGGCCGACUGCGCCAACACUGAGGUGCAGAUGGUUUUCCUUCCCAGUGGAAACACUUACAAUGGCCGGCCAGUACACAUGGAACAUAUCAUGGAGAUGAACACAGAAGGACGCUUCUUAUCCGACAUCACAUACGGCCGACUGGAUGAAACCUCGAUCAACGCGUAUACUCCUGUACCAGCUGGUUUUGUAUCUGACGCCUGGAUUAACGGGCCCAAUAUCAACCCGGCUACCUGGGGACCGCCCAUCGGAGGAGGCCAGAGUCUCACCAAUUCCUGGUGGCCCUCUGUUCGCAUCUUCGAGGCGUACGGCAGUCUCCGAAACCAAGACAACUUUUUCAUUCUCGAUGCCUAUCUCAACUUCCUCAAGAACCGGGUCUGGAUGUGGCGUCGGUGGAAUCGAGGACCACUGGCCGAUAGUUCCAUGACAACCUACGUUAACGACAUGACAAAUCCUGACCGGGCAUUAACGCGCAUGCGCAGUGUCAUUACUAUAUUCCGCUAUCUCAACGCCGAGGAGGUGCGUCGUGCCCUACGCGCUCAGUACCGAGAGAUCGGUGCCGAGCGGUGGAUUGCCAACCAGGCAUGGAACUUGGCGAAUCCAACACAAACAUUUGAUAUCCGGCCCAUUUGGAUAGCCUGGUUCAGGAACCACGUCAAUGGCAUGAUCACGACGUCGACCAGCUUCCUCAACCGGUGGCUUGAUGACAUGGAAACAAACUGGCAAGGUCAGACUGGGCCUUUGGCUGUGCGGGUGCUGGGGGACAUUGAGCGGUUGCGGGUGCAAAUACGUAAUGGAGCUGUGAAUAUUCGGAUCGAUGACUUUUAA